AUGGGUGAUGGUUAUCGGAACAGCCCAAACCUCUAUCGCGGAGCAAGGGAUAUAGCCCGAGAGGCGACCAGGCAAUCCCGGAACCAAGGAAUGGAUGAGUACAAGUAUCAGGACAACUAUGAGGGCUAUGCCCCCAGUGAUGGCUAUUACCGGGGCAAUGAGUCCAACCCAGAGGAAGAUGCGCAGAGUGAUGUUACAGAAGGCCAUGAUGAGGAGGAUGAGAUCUAUGAGGGCGAGUACCAGGGCAUCCCCCAUCCAGAUGAUGUCAAAGCCAAACAGACCAAGAUGGCGCCCUCUAGGGCAGAUGGGCUUCGAGGCCAGGCAGACCUGAUGGCUCAGAGGAUGGAAGAUGAGGAGCAGUUGGCCCACCAGUAUGAGACCAUAAUUGACGAAUGUGGCCAUGGGCGCUUCCAGUGGAUUCUCUUCUUUGUCUUGGGUUUAGCCCUGAUGGCUGAUGGGGUAGAGGUGUUCGUGGUGAGUUUUGCCCUGCCUAGUGCAGAGAAAGACAUGUGUCUGUCCAGUUCCAAGAAAGGAAUGCUUGGGCUAAUAGUCUACUUGGGAAUGAUGGCGGGGGCCUUCAUCCUGGGCGGCCUGGCUGAUAAGCUGGGAAGGAAGAGAGUCCUCAGCAUGUCUCUGGCUGUCAACGCUUCCUUCGCCUCACUGUCCUCCUUCGUGCAGGGAUAUGGCGCCUUCCUGUUCUGCAGACUCAUCUCAGGCAUAGGUAUUGGGGGCUCUCUGCCAAUUGUGUUUGCCUAUUUUUCUGAAUUCUUAUCUCGAGAGAAGCGAGGAGAACACCUUAGUUGGCUGGGCAUCUUCUGGAUGACUGGAGGCAUCUACGCAUCUGCCAUGGCCUGGAGCAUCAUUCCACACUAUGGCUGGGGCUUCAGCAUGGGAACCAGUUACCAUUUCCACAGCUGGAGAGUGUUUGUCAUCGUCUGUGCUCUGCCUUGCACUGUGUCCAUGGUGGCCCUGAAGUUCAUGCCCGAGAGCCCCAGGUUUCUGCUAGAGAUGGGCAAACAUGAUGAAGCCUGGAUGAUUCUCAAGCAAGUCCAUGACACCAACAUGAGGGCUAAAGGGGCCCCAGAGAAGGUGUUCACGGUUUCCCAUAUCAAAACUCCCAAGCAGAUGGAUGAAUUCAUUGAGAUCCAAAGUUCGACGGGAACUUGGUACCAGCGCUGGCUGGUCAGGUUCAAGACCACUUUUAAGCAGGUCUGGGACAAUGCUCUGUACUGUGUGAUGGGCCCCUACAGAAUGAACACCCUGAUUCUGGCUGUGGUCUGGUUUACCAUGGCUCUCAGUUAUUAUGGUCUGACGGUUUGGUUCCCUGACAUGAUCCGGUAUUUUCAAGAUGAAGAAUACAAGUCUAAAAUGAAGGUGUUUUUCGAUGAGCACGUGUACGGAGCCACCAUCAAUUUCACGAUGGAAAAUCAGAUCCACCAGCACGGGAAACUUGUGAAUGACAAGUUCACAAAGAUGUACUUUAAACAUGUUCUUUUUGAGGACACCUUUUUCGAUGAGUGCUAUUUUGAGGACGUCACAUCUACUGAUACUUACUUUAAAAAUUGCACCAUCGAGUCAACCAUCUUUUAUAACACAGACCUCUACAAGCAUAAGUUCAUCAACUGUCACUUCAUCAACACCACCUUUCUGGAGCAGAAGGAAGGCUGCCACAUGGACUUUGAGGAAGACAAUGACUUCCUGAUUUACCUCGUCAGCUUUCUGGGCAGCCUGUCUGUCCUCCCUGGGAACAUCAUUUCUGCCCUGCUCAUGGAUAGGAUUGGAAGGCUCAAGAUGAUAGGUGGUUCCAUGUUAAUCUCGGCAGUGUGCUGCUUCUUCCUGUUUUUUGGCAACAGUGAGUCUGCCAUGAUUGGUUGGCAGUGCCUGUUCUGCGGGACCAGCAUCGCAGCCUGGAAUGCUCUGGAUGUGAUCACAGUGGAGCUAUAUCCCACCAACCAGAGGGCGACAGCUUUUGGCAUCCUGAAUGGAUUAUGCAAAUUUGGUGCCAUCCUGGGAAACACUAUCUUUGCUUCUUUUGUUGGGAUAACCAAAGUGGUCCCCAUCCUUCUGGCUGCUGCUUCUCUGGUUGGGGGUGGCCUGAUUGCCCUCCGACUCCCAGAGACUCGAGAACAGGUCUUGAUGUGAACAGCCUAAAGGGGAAGGAGAGAUUGAAAGGAUCUUGGCCAGGACACUUAAAUGCAGCCACACUUCCUGCCUCUCACUGUCCAGGAGACCUUGGAUAGCACAGGAGGAGAAGUUGAUUUUUUGAUCCAUAGUUUAGGACCCACUUCAGCUGUCAAUAUAUAUGUUUCUCAGGGGACUGAUUUGAGGGUGUACUGAGGCAGCCUUAGAAUCCCAGAACUGUGUGCUUGGCUUCAAGUCUCCCCAGCCCAAGGCAGGGGGAGGACUCUCUAGUGGGUGCGCAUGCUAAGCAAGGAGUGUGCAUUUCACUAAGUGAAGUACAUGGACUCUUACGCUUUUCAAAAUGAAUUUUAGGGUGAGAAAUGCUCAAUCUUCUCCAAAAGGCUCCCAGGGGCCCAGUGACCUAACACAUUGAUUUGCCUGGAGUUUGAAGCCAUCACAUGAAUAUUGGGCUUGAAGAACAGGAUACAUAUAUUUUUGCAUUUGAAAAUAUCACCUAUCAUAUUUUCCACUUGAAAAUUGGCACAGUAGCAUCAAAGAUACUCUGAUAUAGAAAACCAAAUAUUUGAGGCCUGUCUCUAGAGAUGGACGCUUUCCUAGUGUCCUCAGCUUUCCAUGAUGACUAGAGGAUACAUUUAAAAAUAUUUAUUCUUGUUUUGCUCUGUUCAAAGAAACACAAUGGCCUAGGUAUUCCAUAAGCUAAGUUUGUGUGUAACUGCCUUUGGGUUUUGCUUUCACAAAUGGCAGCUGCAGAGAUUGUUGCCAUUUUAACCAUAUUUUGGGAGAACUUGGUGUCUGGGACCCCAAAAUGGGUCUAAUCAAAUGAAAGGCAAGCACAAUUUCUUACAGCCAUUUAACUUGUCAUUAAGAGGAGGGACUUAGCAAACUGAGAGCCGUUUCACUUAAGCCAGGCACUUCUCUUUGUGUAGGUAGAGUGGUUCUUCUCCCUCCUACACAGAUCACUCUGAACGUCAAGCUCAUGGUCCUCAGUGCUGGUGCUUGACUUUGAUGCUCACCCAGAAACAAUGUCGGGAGCAUUCCUUGACCUCUGGCACUCUCUUGCAGGUGAGAAUAAAAUGACACAGGGCAUGGGGAAAAUGGUGAAGCUUAGUGGUCCUUCAAGGUGUGAAUUCUUUCUGUUUGUUUUAGCAGUAAAACAUGAUGCACAUUUGUUGUGACUGUCAGGGCCCACGAGACACCUAUGCUAUGUGUUCCUGUUUAGGGCCUUUGAAACUCAGCCUGAUGGCAUGGGAAUGAAAGAAUAUAAUGAGUGUCAGAUAUAGUUUUCUUCUGGAUUCUAAGAGAGCUCUUUCCUGAGAUCCAGUUUGAAAGAUCCGCAGGGGAAUGGUUAGGGCAAGGAGCCUAAGACGAACUGCUGUGCUAAGGGUCAGCAAUGGACUGAAGUCUUGACUCCAUGGGAAAGAGACUUUUUAGCCAUUGAACUUUCUAGCAAUGGAAGGGGCAGUGAGCUAGGAGUUCCCACCCCAAAAGGUGAACCUCCCCAGGCCAGGUGAGCAUCAGUCUGGAAGAACUACUUCGCAGAGUUGUUUUGCAGCACUCUCAAUAGCUAUACAGUGCACGUUCCGAAAUCAGAAAUCUCCAAAGCUUUGAAACAGAGUAAUAAUGGCUCCAUUACAUGUUUUCUCAGUCUUGGAGAAAUUCUUAAGUUGAGCUAUUUUUCUGUCAUUCUCUUGAUUAACAGGUGAACGGGGGAAACAGAAAAUUGUCUGACACCUUCCCACCCUCGAUUUGAGAUCAGUUUUAAUGAUUAAAAUGUUUACUUGGCUUCUCUUGUCCCCACCUAUUUAUUCAUCCCACUUUUUUCUGUACAGGAAAGUAAGACAUCAACUGUGAUUUGAUUCCCUGAUUCCCCCUAAUGUAUAUGUAUAUGUAUAUAUAUAAAAUACCACUGUGUAUUGAUGUUUAUCUCAGUGUUUUAUAGAUGUUAACUAAAAUAAUGCUAUGCCAAUAACGAGAGACUGUAAUAUAGCUGUAAUAUACUUUCCUUACUCUUGUGAUUUGAAAUAGAGUGGCUAGGCUCAUACAAGAGAAGUGUGUAGAUACGGGAUUACCACAUCCCUCCUAACAUUAUUCUUCAAUGGGAUAAUAUAAUUCAUUGAGCAGCUACCACUUAAGAAAUUUAUGAGGCAGUCAGAGCCUGUAUUUCUAGUUAAGAUGAAUCUUGGAAAUUUAAAAUCUGAUGAAUUUUGAGGCAGGGGUGGCUGGAAUGACUUUUGGGUUAACUCCCUUUGGUUUCUAAGCUUGAAUUUCAUCAUUAUCUUUAUCGCUCCUUCAACCAACUACCUAACCAACCAAGGGCCAAUCCCCUCUCAUCCAUCAUGCAGGCCUGUGUGAAGGGUGCAGCUGUGAUGCAUAGCCUUCCCCAGGAGGGAUUGUCUGGCACUGCUACCUGCCACUUCUUCAGUGGUCUUGCUCCUGCUGAGAUGAAUGUGUCUUCAAAAAUAGUCUCUGUGACAGGCCACUGGGGGAUAAGGUAUAGUUUACCUGCCCAUCCAUUCUUUUUCAUCUCAUGUUCUACAUCCAGGAACUCCCAGUGGCAUCCAGGGAGGGCUAAAGGGAUGAGGUGCUCUUUGGUUGAGCAAAUCUGUUCAUGAUUCAUGAUGUAUUUCAUGAUGCCAAGUUUGGGAGUAGUGUGUUACUUGGAACAAUCUCAACUGUAUUGUGUUAUCACCUGAUGCUGAUUUUUGAUCUUUUGUUUGUAUUAAAGAUAAUUAGUGAAAGAGA